AUGACACUUUUGUCAUAUGCUACAAAAAUUAACAAAGGUGUUUUUUUGCUGUCGACAACACACGAUUUUGGAAGCGUCGAUGCUGAUUCGAGGAAGCCACAUAUGAUUAUUGACUAUAAUCGUACUAAAGGUGGCGUCGACACAGUUGAUCAACUUUGUGCAACAUUUUCGGUUGCAAGAGUAACAAACCGGUGGCCCAUGGUUAUCUUCAAUACAAUUUUGAAUAUUUCUGGUAUAAAUGCACAAAUCAUUGAUAAGUCAAUAAGGAGAGAGGACUCGCCGAAAUUCAGAAGAGUGUUUCUUCAUAAUUUGGCUGUCGGUCUUAUGAACGCGCAAUUAAUCUCGAGGGCGGCUAUCCAAAGUUUCCCAAAAGACGUUACAUGCUUCUUGCAUGCAGUUGUGCCAACAAACGAUCAUGGAAGCACAGAAGAGAAGUCAUCUGCGAAAAAAAGGAAGGGAACUUGUAAAACCUGCGGACGUACCCGAAACACCUCUACAACUCUCACGUGUGGUAGAUGCAAAGAAUUUACAUGUAAACAACACGCUACGGUUACAACGCUGUGCAGCAGUUGUGCAACAGAUGAUGCUAAUGAAGAUGAUUAGUUGAUAAGGUUGUAA